AAUUCGGGGGUGCUGAUGCCCCGCAAGUCGAUUUUUUUAAAAAUCCCAGCCCUCCGCUGUCCGAUAGUCCUGCUUUGGGCUCCGGGCAUCUUUGGCGGAACCGCUCAGGUCCCCGGCCGCGUCUCCUCCUUAGCCCGGACUCCACUUCCUGUGAACUUUGAAGACAGACGGAUGUGCGGCAAUGGUGACAUAAGCUGCUAAUACGGCCGGAACGAGUUGCCGAGGAACUCUCUUUAUGCUGCUGCCGCCCAGAGCGGCCUGGUGCGAAUUUAAAGCAUGAGUUUUAUCAUGAAACUUCGUAGACACUUUCAAAGGAUAGUUAUCCUGCUCGCCACUUUUUGUAUGGUGAGCAUUGUUAUUUCAGCUUACUACUUGUACCGUGACUACAAACAGGAAAAUGAACUGUCUGAGACGUCUUUGGAGAUGGAUUGUGGAGAGCUUCAGCUGCUACCAUACAAAGCGAUGGAGCCCAAGACCGGGAAGCCUUUUGAUCCCUUGAGGACGGACCCCGUGAUACUGGUGUUUGUGGAGAGUCAGUAUUCGCCCCUUGGCCAAGACAUCAUCAUGAUACUGGAAUCUAGCACUUUCCGGUAUCACAUAGAGAUCGUGUCCGGAAAAGGGGAUCUUCCAGCCCUAAUAGACAAGAAUAAGGGCAAAUACGUCCUCAUCAUAUACGAGAAUAUUUUGAAGUACGUGAACAUGGACUCCUGGAAUCGCAGCCUUCUCGAUAAAUACUGCGUUGAGUAUAGUGUGGGGAUCAUCGGAUUUCACAAGGCCGGUGAGAACAGCGUGCAGGGUUUCCAGCCAAAGGGCUUCCCAUUUCCCGUCCACGGCAACCUUGCAGUUAAAGAUGGUUGUAUUAACCCCUAUUCCCCACUGCUCCGUGUGACCAAGUCUUCUAAACUCGACAAAGGACCUCUGCCCGGAAGUGACUGGACAGUUUUCCCCAUUAACCAUUCCUCCUAUCAACCUGUGAUAUUUGCCAAAGUAAAGACCCCAGAAAAUCUGUCCCCUCCCAUCUCCAAAGGGGCUCUCCACGCCACCGUAGUCCAUGACCUGGGACUUCACGAUAGGAUUCAGAGAGUCCUCUUUGGCAACAACCUGAACUUCUGGCUACACAAGCUCAUCUUCAUUGAUGCCGUCUCCUUCCUGUCGGGGAAGAAGCUCACUCUGUCCCUGGACAGGUACAUCCUUGUGGACAUCGAUGACAUCUUCGUCGGGAAGGAAGGAACGAGGAUGAAUGUCAGGGAUGUUAAGGCCCUGCUUGAUACACAGAAUCUUCUGCGGGCACAGAUCACAAAUUUUACCUUCAACCUAGGAUUUUCAGGGAAAUUUUACCAUACAGGAACUGAGGAGGAAGACGAAGGUGACGACCUGCUGCUGGGGUCUGUGGAUGAAUUCUGGUGGUUUCCUCAUAUGUGGAGUCACAUGCAGCCCCAUCUCUUCCAAAAUGAGUCGUCCCUCGUGGAGCAGAUGAUUCUCAACAAAAAAUUUGCCUUGGAGCAUGGUAUCCCUACUGACAUGGGCUAUGCAGUGGCACCUCAUCACUCCGGCGUCUACCCGGUACACGUCCAGCUUUACGACGCCUGGAAGAAAGUCUGGAACAUUAGAAUUACCAGCACCGAGGAAUAUCCACAUCUGAAACCAGCACGACACAGGCGAGGCUUCGUCCACAAAAACAUCAUGGUCCUUCCGCGACAAACCUGUGGACUCUUUACUCACACAAUUUUCUACAAAGAAUAUCCAGGUGGCCCCAAAGAACUAGACAAGAGCAUCCAAGGAGGUGAACUUUUCUUUACCGUUAUCCUCAACCCAAUCAGCAUCUUCAUGACCCACCUGUCCAACUACGGGAACGACAGACUGGGGCUGUACACCUUCGUGAACCUGGCCAACUUCGUGCAGAGCCGCACUAACCUGAAGCUGCAGACCCUUCCCCCCGUGCCCCUGGCUCGCAAAUACUUCGAGCUCUUCCCGGAGCAGAAAGACCCUCUCUGGCAGAACCCUUGCGAUGACAAGCGCCACAGAGAUAUCUGGUCUAAAGAGAAAACCUGUGAUCGUUUACCAAAAUUCCUGGUAAUAGGACCCCAGAAAACUGGUACCACAGCUUUGUAUCUGUUCCUGGUUAUGCAUCCUUCCAUCAUUAGUAACUCCCCCAGCCCAAAAACCUUUGAGGAGGUACAGUUCUUUAAUAGAAAUAACUACCACAGGGGGAUUGAUUGGUACAUGGAGUUCUUCCCCACGCCCUCCAACGCCACCACAGACUUUCUGUUUGAGAAGAGCGCCAAUUACUUCCACUCGGAGGAAGCUCCGAAACGAGCGGCCUCUCUGAUCCCCAAGGCCAAGAUCAUCAGCAUUCUCAUCGACCCCUCCGACCGCGCUUACUCCUGGUAUCAGCACCAGCGAUCCCACGAAGACCCCGCCGCUUUGAAGUUCAGCUUCUACCAAGUGAUCACAGCUGGUUCCCGGGCCCCGUCGGAGCUUCGGGCCUUGCAGAAGAGAUGCCUGGUCCCCGGAUGGUACGCUGCUCAUAUAGAAAGAUGGCUAAACCACUUUCCCCCGUUUCAGUUGCUAAUUAUCGACGGGCAGCAGCUGAGAACCGACCCGGCUACUGUGAUGGAUGAAGUACAGAAAUUUCUUGGAGUCUCACCUCACUAUAAUUACUCUGAAGCUUUAACAUUUGAUUCUCAUAAAGGUUUCUGGUGUCAGUUACUGGAAGAAGGGAAAACAAAAUGCCUUGGAAAGAGCAAAGGAAGAAAGUAUCCUCCCAUGGAUUCUGAGUGCCGAGCAUUUCUGUCAAACUACUACCGGGACCACAACGUGGAAUUGUCCAAGCUGUUACACAGAUUGGGACAGCCUUUGCCGUCGUGGCUGAGACAGGAGCUACAGAAAGUGAGCUAGCACUGCUGCGGACCGUCUUGAGAGAAUUUCUUCCACGACUCAGUCGCCCGUCCCCCAAACCUCC